UUGAUUGUGUUGAUUUUAUUUAAUCCGACCCGCGCGUAUCCUCGAGAUUUGAAAUCUUAAAGAAGAGGGCAUUGUGUGGAUUUUUUAUUAACUGAGCGAUUAUGUCCGUUUUUUAAUGAUUAAUAAAAAGGCGUUUUGAAUGUGGUCAAGUUAUGUGAUGCUGAAGAAGAGUUAGUUUUUAGUUGCAGAAUCGGCAUAUAUAAAAAACCAUAAACAUAGUCCCACACACCAUUUCCUACCAUGCCGUCUUACUAUGCUGCGACCAGAUGAAACUUACGAAUACAACCAGUUGGAGAGGAAUUCGCUAUGGCUCAUUUCAAAUUUAAAGUUAAUAGAGGCGUACGACUAUUUCUUGAAAUCAAAUGGAAUUAGACCGGAUUUUUUCUGCAAGCACCGCGAAAAGCAGAUCAUUCAAAAAACACUUCAAGACUACAUUGGAGCAUUACAAACUCAAAUAUACUUAAAACUAAAAGAUGCCUCGUCAUCAAACGAAGCCGUCCAUCUGCAACAACGAUUACGCAGCUUGAGUACUGAACUGGUUACUUUACGUAAUAGAUUACAUGUGCAGGGAUCUCCUCAGCAGCCUCCCAUCAAGGGAGGAGGAGGUGGCACCAGUGGUACAUCCAUCCAAGCCCCUACUAAAGUUCCCCUUAAUGCCAGACAUCCCAAUAUACCACUUAGAGGAGGGCAACAGUAUGGUGGGACCACUGCUCCACUGCUGUCCUCUGGUCAAAAAACUGUUCCAACUACCAUUCUGAUCCCACCAGCUCAGAACAAUAAGGCAACAGCUGCCAUUGACGAUCUCAUUCACUUACCUGGUCUACUUACGGAAGAUGCUGUUAUGAAAUGCUUGCAAGCGAGGUUCGCAGCUAAUCAAUUCUAUACCAACGUUGGACCCAUUAUCCUCUGUGUGAACCCUUAUAGAGAUGUUGGCAAUCCCCUUACCCUAAACAGUACAAGAAGUCUUGCACUAAGCUCUCAGCUUAAUAAAGUAGUUCAGGAAGCUGUCAGGCAGCAGUCUGAAACUGGUUAUCCUCAGGCCAUAAUACUUUCUGGAACGAGUGGUUCGGGAAAGAGCCAUGCAUCGAUGUUACUUUUGCGACAGCUAUUUGCAGUAGCUGGGGGAGGUCCGGAAACUGAUGCGUUUAAGCAUUUGGCUGCUGCAUUUACCGUACUUAGAUCUUUAGGUUCGGCAAAAACGCUUACCAAUUCAGAGUCGAGUAGAAUCGGGCAAUUCAUUGAAGUGCAAGUCACAGAUGGUGCCCUUUACCGAACAAAAAUUCACUGUUACUUCCUUGAUCAAACUAGGGUGAUCUCUCCAUUACCAGGUGAAAAAAAUUACCAUAUAUUUUACCAAAUGUUAGCAGGGCUAUCGUCCGAUGACAGAACCAAGUUGAAUUUGGAUGGUCAUAGCCUUUCUACCUUAAAGUAUUUGCAACAUGGCGAUGUUAGGCAAGAUGUAUCAGAAGAUGCUUCAAGGUUUCAAGCAUGGAAGACUUGCCUUGGGGUGCUGGGGAUACCUUUUUUGGAUGUUGUGCGGGUGUUAGCUGCUGUUUUACUUUUAGGAAAUGUUCACUUCUCUGAUGGAAAAGGAAUGGAAGUUGAUGUAAGAGGUGAAACAGAGCUGAAUGCCGUAGCAGCUUUACUAGGUGUAUCUGGAGCAGCUUUAUUUAGGGGCUUAACGUCACGAACUCAUAAUGCUAGGGGACAAUUAGUAAAAUCUGUUUGUGAUGCUAAUAUGUCAAAUAUGACGAGAGAUUGUCUGGCAAAAGCUCUCUAUUGUAGAACCGUCGCAACUAUUGUCAGGCGUGCUAAUAGCCUUAAAAGAUUAGGAUCAACGUUGGGGACCUUGAGUUCUGAUUCUAAUGAAUCAGUACAUAACCAAGCCGAAGUUACCAGCCAGCAUGCAUCAACUGUAGGACAUGGCAGCAGUUCAGCAGGCAAUAAAUCAAUGGUUGCCUUAAAUAACGCAGUUCGGCAUGCCACCACAGAUGGCUUCAUAGGUAUCUUGGACAUGUUCGGAUUUGAAGAUCCAAAGCCUGCACAGUUGGAGCAUUUGUGUAUCAAUCUCUGUGCUGAAACCAUGCAACAUUUUUAUAAUACGCAUAUUUUUAAAUCAAGCAUAGAAUCUUGCAGAGAUGAAGGGGUAAGCUGUGAAGUGGAAGUCGAUUAUGUAGAUAAUGUUCCUUGUAUAGAUUUAAUAUCUUCGUUAAGAACUGGACUUCUUAGUAUGUUAGAUGUUGAGUGCUCGAUACGGGGAACUGCCGAGUCGUAUAUCUCAAAAAUAAAGGUGCAACAUAAAAACAAUAAAAGACUGUUCGAUCAAAAAUCCAUGGACUCGCGACUUUUUGGAAUUCAGCAUUUUGCAGGAAGAGUUAUUUAUGAUGCUACUGAUUUCUUGGAUACAAACAAAGACGUUGUGCCAGAUGACUUAGUAGCAGUAUUCUACAAGCAGACUUGCAAUUUUGGAUUUGCUACACAUUUAUUCGGUAGUGAACUUAAAGCGCUUUAUGCAGUCGAAAACGUACCAAGAGGAGUUAGUUUUAGAAUUUCUCCCACUUCACAUACAGACCUCCUAAAUGGCGAUGAACCAGUCUCAACUCUUACUCAAGACUUUCACACUAGAUUAGAUAACUUACUUCGAACUUUGGUACAUGCACGACCUCACUUUGUGAGGUGUAUCUCUAGUAACAACCAAGAGGCGGCAAACAGAUUUGAUAGAGGAAUGGUCGUAAGGCAAAUAAGAUCCUUACAGGUAUUGGAAACUGUCAAUUUAAUGGCUGGCGGUUUUCCUCAUAGAAUGAGAUAUAAAGCCUUUAAUUCUCGCUAUCGUCUUUUGGCUCCACUUUCCGCACUAAGUCGAACCGAAGAAAAAGUUACUGAAGACUGCAAAACCAUUUUACAGUAUGCCACAGAUCUGUUAGCUAAAAGAGAAGCAGUCAGUCCGGUUUCAACUAGUUGGGCCUUAGGAAAACGUCACAUAUUCUUAAGUGAGGGAAUUCGACAACUCUUAGAGACUCUUCGGAAUGAAACUAGACAAAAGGCAGCUACCUUAAUACAAUCGAGUUGGAGAGGAUGGAGGUGUCGAUAUCGUUGGUCAACUCUUCGGCGAGAGACAAAUAAACCCAAUAUAGAUUCAAUAGCGCCUCUAGGACCUCUAAAAAUUGCUGCCCCGAGAACUGGGAUACCUCCAGGUACCAGGCCACGCCCGCAACCCAUCGCUGGUACUCCACCCCCAGACUUAACAGAAAAAUGCGACGCGAAAAUCAUUCAGCAAACUUGUAAUUUGUUUGGACUGGAUUUGGAAAGACCGCCACCUGUACCCCCAAGUAGAUCGUACACUGUUACUGGAAACACCAAAUUGGGUUACCCACAGACAAGAGUAAUGAAAAUGACUUACCCAGAAGACGCUUCUGGAGACGGGCCCGUAUUUUAUAAAGGCGAAAGUGUCCUAGUUGUAGGCGCUUCACAAAGAAGAGGUCACCUAAUAGUGGAACAUAAAAAUCACACUCUGCAUGUACCGUUUCAAUAUAUGGAGCUUAAGCCACAUAACAAUUGAAAAAAAUUCAUUAUUGCCAUAAAAAACUUUAUUUAUUUUCGUACACUAAUUAUUGACCGAAAUAAGACAAUAAACCUGAGCAGUUUACAAAAGUUAUAGGUGUAUAUUUAAAUCAGCAAAUCUCCUAAAAGUUGGUUUCCUGCUUACUUAAAGCUGUACAUAAAAUAAUAUACUCAAAAGUGUUACUUUUUUGAAAAAAUACCAAAAUAUCGACAAAACUUUUACCAUAGAGAUUGUAUUUGCAGUGGUGCUAUAACACUUAUUAGUUACAUGUAGAUAUUGCAGAAAAUAUAUCAAAAGAGUAUUUUCAUUUGAGUUCUUUAAUAUUUAGUUUACCUUGCCAUUUGUUUUAAUUAAGUUUAGUUUCAACCUAUAGCAUAUUUAUCUAUAGUCUUAGUAUGUUUGUCAAAGCAUCUAAAUAAAGAUAAAUUUUGAAAUAA